AUGUUCUUCGGAAAACCUCACCCCGCCCUCCCCAACGGGUACCUUAACACAACAGCAAUUAGCAUACGCGCUCAGAUUGGCAGCCCAGGAGAUGUAAAGGAGCACCGGACCUCAAGGCGAGAACAAAUUCCCGGAAACGAGAAACGAGGAUUGUUCUGGUAUGAAGGGACCAGAAUUGUUACUGUGAAGGGUAUCUAUCUCUUCAUGUCAGGAACGGCAUGGCUUCACAAGAGAUACAGAAGCACAUAUCGACUGGCUACGGAAGCGCAAUUGCUACUGCCCGACAAAGAAGGUAGAGGGAUUGCUCUACCGAUCAACGACCAAACAAAGCGGCAGAGCAGCACAAUGUCGUCGGAGGAAUCUCACGAGUUCAGUGAUAAACCUAGAGGUAAUAACUGCGAGACAUAUGGAGAUCUUCUCAAUGUCAUUACUGACGGGUCCUUCCAUCUUUCUUUUCUUCUGUGUGUUCAUCCGCUCAUCUUUGAUUGA